AUGUCCGAUUCUCGAUUGAAGUCGUUGAAACGAAGAUUCGUCGUGCUCAAAAAUAAUCAGCUCAGCUUUUAUAGAACCGCUAAAACCAUUUCAAAAGGAGAAGAUCCCCUGAUGACGAUAGCCGUGUCGGACAUAAUUUCUGUGGCCAAGAUCUGCCAACAAGGCUCUACUUACGCGUUUCAGUUGGUGACGCAAUCGGCCAAGUACCAUUUCAUGACAGAGAGCGAAAGGGGGCAGAGAGAGCGAAAGGACAACUCACGAAUGGGUCACCACAUUAAACGCCGUUCAACAUUGAGAGAUUUGGCUACUCGUUGUGCUCCUGUGGAGGCAUCGAUCAGUGGCUGGAUGACCAGAGUUCGCUGUGGUCACUCGAAGCGCGUCUACGCAUCGCUGGUCCGACACAAGCUCAUGUUCUUCAAGAAUGCUGAGGAUACGGUCCCAUGCGGCUUCACACAGCUGAAAGGUGCUCGAAUCAUGGACAAGCAGAAAAUGUCUUCUGAUGAGUACAGUGGCAGUAGUGAUGAACAAGAACCCCGACAAGAGUUCACAAUCAGCCAAAAAAGACACUUAUAG